UGGAUUACUGAUAUGUCAUUUGUUAAACAGUUUUGUUAAGGCAUUAUAAUUAGGGUUAAGUAUGACUCAAGAUUUAUUUAUUUUUUGUUUGUUUAAUAUAUUCUUGACUACUUGCCUUUACCAUUAUGGAACCACUGUAGUGAAUUGUUCAUCGCUGCCACUUUUGGGUUUAUUUGAAUCUCAUUGUCCAUUGAUCAAAUCUAUUAUGAGAGGUUUUUUUAAGCAUUACGAGCAACAAUUUUCAUAUUGUUUUCAUUUUAUUUAUUGAAUGGUGAACAGCAUGCAUGUCAAGGGAUCUAACCUCUUUCUGAUUAUAGGGUUUAUGAAUAAAUAACCAAUUGGAAUGAACGGGGGUCAUGACAUAAAAAGGGAUUUAUUUUAAAGUGAAAUGAUUGGAAUUGAUUACUGUAAAUAUGCAUUUAAAAUCAGAGAAUAACUUUGUUUUUAAAUACAGCACUCACAAAAACAGCCCUUCCAGUUGCAAGAUGCAUUAUCAUCAGGGGCAAUUUUGCAGGAAAAACUGUCACCAGAGGACUUAAAAUGCAAAUGAGAAACCUAGAGCAAGGGCCUCAGACACCUCUCCAUACUGUAGAGCAUAUGAGACUGUGAGCAGCUGAACGUGAUGCGUGUUCUGUUACUCACCUGGAAGGCUGCUUGUUGCUCAGUCAGUGAACAGUGUUAGGAUUUGAUUUCAUGGAAACAUGCAGCAUGUGCUCUUUUUAUUUUUUGUUAUACUAUAAGGACAUGCUGUUUGUUAUUAGUUUGGUAACAUUAGAAGUUGUAUAUAUAUAUUUUUUUUAUUUAAACAAACAAAACCUUGCACUUUGUUAUGAUACCCUAAGGAAACCGUUUUCGUUAAAAAAAAAAAGGAGGGAGAGAUCAACAUUUUAAUCUCUGCUUUUUAUAACUGGAAUAUGUUUUAUAAACAUCCUCUGAGCGCUGCUGUACGUGAUAGCAGGACACAGUGUACAGGCUUCCAUUUAGACCACAUCGAAAGCCGGGUUAGGAGCAAAGGAAGUUUGGGGUCCCGACUGCUAAACUACGUCUGAGAACUGUAGCCUUCCUGCUAAAUAGAGUGCACAAAAACCAAACUGUACUCUACAGGAAACAGACACCGGGGAAUUAUAUUUUAGCGUGUGACAUAUUCUGGGAUACUGUUGUUUUCACAAAGAAGGCUAAGGCUAUACAAAUGGUGCCAAAGGUUUCAUAUGCUGUGUGGGAGAAACUGCCUCUUCUCUCAUAGCAAAAAGUACAUUACUGCAGCCGAAUAGCACUCAGCGUUUUAUACUUAUUCUGUAAUACUGGUUGGUAGUGCUGUACUGUACUCUGUCGAGCUAAAGGUUGGUUUACUAUUAAAAACCAGAAUUGCGUUAGUGUUUUAAAAGACAUGUUUAACUAGGAACUAAAAUGACUAACAAGAAUGUUUCUCUCCGGAAUUCUAAAUGCAGGGCAGCGCCUGCAGUUUAGAGGUGAUGGAAAGGGUUUGAAAGUACUAUAAGCGAAGCCAUUUAGAAAUGACAUCUGGAACAUUAAAUUAAGUAAAUACAUCGCUGGUUAGACCCGAUAUGCACAGUACAAUCUGUAGAAACUAUGUAUUAAUGUGUUUUGUACUUGUUACAAAAUAUUUGUAACCGGAAUCGAUGUUGUAAGGCUGUUGUUUUUUUGUUUGUUUUUAAUGGAAGUUAAUCUGAAAUAAAAACGUUAUGUUAAGAGUAAGGCAAAUAACUGAUUUUUUACGGAGAUUGUUUGCAGUUGUCCAAGACUUCCAUAAAUACAUGACAAAAAAAAAAUACCUUAUUGCUUUACAUGAAAUACAAAAAACGAGACCAUCGUCCCCUGACAUGUUUGCAAGGUGCUACAUUGUUCAGGAGGGAGAAUGAUCAGUCCUCACCGAAUACCUCGUCUUGAAUUCAUUUACUAUAAUGUAGUAUAAUGCUUUGUUUCAUUUUUAAGCAAUGACCGCUUUAAUGAAAAGGAUUCAUGGAAUCAUUUUAAAAGUACUUCUUUUUCCAAUUGGACCGAAAAACAAUGUGCCCAAACCCAGGGCCUCCGAGGUACUAACUCAACACCUGCAGCAGAGGCGCCUUCCCUUCUCGACCUCGUUCUGCGUCAGCUACAGCGCCGUGGAGAAUGACCAGUUUGGGCUGUCACAUUUUAACUGGCCGGUGAUGCAGGGGGCCAACUAUCACAUACUGAGGACCGGGUGCUUUCCUUUCAUCAAGUACCAUUGCGCCAAGGCACCCUGGCAGGACUUAGAAUUUGAAAACAAGUUCUUUACAGCUUUAAAAGUUAAUAAUUUAGGUAUCCCUACGUUAGCAUAUGGUAUCGGCUCUUGGUUUGUCGCUACAGUGCCUGAGACUGUGCACAUGACUUCAGGCCCUGUCACUGUGUAUUUUUCCUAUAAAGAGGAUGAAGGUGCUGUGUUUUAACUAGGCAUAAUAGAGAAGGUAUCUGCUAUUGUUGUACAUGUAAUGUACAUGGUCAUAUUGCAUUUAUUCAAUUUGCAAUAAAUUACAAAUGUUUCACAUA